AUGGCAAGACUGGCUACCUUUUGCACGUCGUGCAUCAAUCUUCGGCCGGCGAAGAUCGAUGUGACAGGCGCCAGCCCGGCUCGGAAAGUCGCGCGUCGAAGCAUUUUGAGCUGGGAUAAAUGUAUUGCGGAGAUGUAA